GUUUCUGUCCGGAGAGGCUGAUGGUCGAACCAUCCCAUCGAGGCUGUUCAUCUGAUGAAGACUGCCCUGGAGGGCACAAAUGCUGUCGAUUUGAAUUUGGGCCUGUUUGCGUGCUGCCUGUUUUCAUGAAGCCAGGUCAAUGUCCCAUACCGGAGAUGAUCCCACUCUGUGCUGAUAGCUGUUUCAAUGAUGGCCAGUGUCCUGCCACACAGAAAUGUUGCCCAACCACCGGUGGCUUUGCAUGCAGUGAACCGCGUGGCCAGGGAAGAGGUCAGGCAACUUGCCAUGGAAACGGUUCUGGCCAGGGAAGCGGCUAUGGCCAGGGCGCGGGUCAGGGAAGCGGCUAUGGCCAGGGCGCGGGUCAGGGAAGCGGCUAUGGCCAGGGCGCGGGACAGGGAAGCGGCUAUGGCCAGGGCGCGGGACAGGGCGCAGGACAGGGAAGCGGCUAUGGCCAGGGUGCGGGACAGGGCGCAGGACAGGGAAGCGGCUAUGGCCAGGGCGCAGGUCAGGGAAGCGGCUUUGGCCAGGGUGCAGGACAGGGUGCUGGCCAGGGAAGCGGCUAUGGCCUGGGAAGCGGCUAUGGCCAGGGUGCAGGAGCUGGACAGGGAAGUGGCGCAGGAGUUGGACAGGGAAGCGGCUAUGGCCAGGGUGCUGGAGCAGGACAGGGAAGCGGCUAUGGCCAGGGCGCUGGAGCAGGACAGGGAAGCGGCUAUGGCCAGGGCGCUGGAGCAGGACAGGGAAGCGGCUAUGGCCAGGGCGCUGGAGCAGGACAGGGAAGCGGCUAUGGCCAGGGCGCUGGAGCUGGACAGGGAAGCGGCUAUGGCCAGGGCGCAGGAGCUGGACAGGGAAGCGGCUAUGGCCAGGGCGCAGGAGCUGGACAGGGAAGCGGCUAUGGCCAGGGCGCAGGAGCUGGACAGGGAAGCGGCUAUGGCCAGGGCGCAGGAGCUGGACAGGCAAGCGGCGCUGGAGCAGGACAGGGAAGCGGCGCUGGAGCAGGACAGGGAAGCGGCUAUGGCCAGGGCGCUGGAGCAGGACAGGGAAGCGGCUAUGGCCAGGGCGCAGGAGCAGGACAGGGAAGCGGCGCAGGAGCAGGACAGGGAAGCGGCGCAGGAGCAGGACAGGGAAGCGGCGCAGGAGCAGGACAGGGAAGCGGCGCUGGCCAGGGCGCUGGAGCAGGACAGGGAAGCGGCGCUGGCCAGGGCGCUGGAGCAGGACAGGGAAGCGGCUAUGGCCAGGGCGCUGGAGCAGGACAGGGAAGCGGUGCAGGAGCAGGACAGGGAAGCGGCUAUGGCCAGGGCGCUGGAGCAGGACAGGGAAGCGGCGCUGGAGCAGGACAGGGAAGCGGCGCUGGAGCAGGACAGGGAAGCGGCGCUGGAGCAGGACAGGGAAGCGGCGCUGGAGCAGGACAGGGAAGCGGCGCUGGAGCAGGAGCAGGACAGGGAAGCGGCGCUGGCCAGGGCGCUGGAGCAGGAGCCGGACAGGGAAGUGGCGCUGGAGCAGGAGCCGGACAGGGAAGUGGCGCUGGAGCAGGAGCAGGACAGGGAAGUGGCGCUGGAGCAGGAGCAGGACAGGGAAGUGGCGCUGGAGCAGGAGCAGGACAGGGAAGUGGCGCUGGAGCAGGAGCAGGACAGGGAAGUGGCGCUGGAGCAGGAGCAGGACAGGGAAGUGGCGCUGGAGCAGGAGCAGGACAGGGAAGCGGCGCUGGAGCAGGAGCAGGACAGGGAAGCGGCGCUGGCCAGGGCGCUGGAGCAGGACAGGGAAGCGGCGCUGGCCAGGGCGCUGGAGCCGGACAGGGAAGCGGCGCUGGCCAGGGCUCUGGAGGCGGACAGGGAAGCGGCGCUGGGGCAGGAGCCGGACAGGGAAGCGGCGCUGGGGCAGGAGCCGGACAGGGAAGCGGCGCUGGCCAGGGUGCUGGAACAGGAGCAGGACAGGGAAGUGGCGCUGGAGCAGGAGCCGGACAGGGAAGUGGCGCUGGAGCAGGACAUGGAAGCGGCUAUGGCCAGGGCGCAGGAGCUGGACACGGAAGCGGCGCUGGAGCAGGACACGGAAGCGGCACUGGAGCAGGACAGGGAAGCGGUGCUGGCCAGGGAGCUGGAGCAGGACAGGGAAGCGGCGCUGGAGCAGGACAGGGAAGCGGCUAUGGCCAGGGCGCUGGAGCAGGACAGGGAAGCGGCGCUGGAGCAGGACAGGGAAGCGGCGCUGGAGCAGGACAGGGAAGCGGCGCUGGAGCAGGACAGGGAAGCGGCGCUGGAGCAGGACAGGGAAGCGGCGCUGGAGCAGGACAGGGAAGCGGCGCUGGAGCAGGACAGGGAAGCGGCGCUGGAGCAGGACAGGGAAGCGGCUAUGGCCAGGGAGCUGGAGCAGGACAGGGCAGCGGCGCUGGAGCAGGACAGGGCAGCGGCGCUGGAGCAGGACAGGGAAGCGGCGCUGGAGCAGGACAGGGAAGCGGCUAUGGCCAGGGCGCUGGAGCAGGACAGGGAAGCGGCGCUGGAGCAGGACAGGGAAGCGGCUAUGGCCAGGGCGCUGGAGCAGGACAGGGAAGCGGCGCUGGAGCAGGACAGGGAAGCGGCUAUGGCCAGGGCGCUGGAGCAGGACAGGGAAGCGGCGCUGGAGCAGGACAGGGAAGCGGCUAUGGCCAGGGCGCUGGAGCAGGACAGGGAAGCGGCUAUGGCCAGGGCGCUGGAGCAGGACAGGGAAGCGGCGCUGGAGCAGGACAGGGAAGCGGCUAUGGCCAGGGCGCUGGAGCAGGACAGGGAAGCGGCGCUGGAGCAGGACAGGGAAGCGGUUAUGGCCAGGGCGCUGGAGCAGGACAGGGAAGCGGUUAUGGCCAGGGCGCUGGAGCAGGACAGGGAAGCGGCGCUGGAGCAGGACAGGGAAGCGGCUAUGGCCAGGGCGCUGGAGCAGGACAGGGAAGCGGCGCUGGAGCAGGACAGGGAAGCGGCGCUGGAGCAGGACAGGGAAGCGGCGCUGGAGCAGGACAGGGAAGCGGCGCUGGAGCAGGACAGGGAAGCGGCGCUGGAGCAGGACAGGGAAGCGGCGCUGGAGCAGGACAGGGAAGCGGCGCUGGAGCUGGACAGGGAUGCGGCGCUGGAGCAGGACAGGGAAGCGGCUAUGGCCAGGGCGCUGGAGCAGGACAGGGAAGCGGCGCUGGAGCAGGACAGGGAAGCGGCUAUGGCCAGGGCGCUGGAGCAGGACAGGGAAGCGGCUAUGGCCAGGGCGCUGGAGCAGGACAGGGAAGUGGCGCUGGAGCAGGACAGGGAAGCGGCUAUGGCCAGGGCGCUGGAGCAGGACAGGGAAGCGGCGCUGGAGCAGGACAGGGAAGCGGCUAUGGCCAGGGCGCUGGAGCAGGACAGGGAAGCGGCUAUGGCCAGGGCGCUGGAGCAGGACAGGGAAGCGGCGCUGGAGCAGGACAAGGAAGCGGCUAUGGCCAGGGCGCUGGAGCAGGAGCAGGACAGGGAAGUGGUCAAGGGAAGUGUCGGGGAUGUGGCAAAGGUCAAUGUCGCCUUUAGGGACAUGUUCAUGGGAAUUUUGCAUAAUACUUUCUGGGGGUCUUUUCCAAUUCUUUUGUUCAGAUGUCAUGUUUUCCCUGUUUGCUCAAACUGUUUAGAAAGAUUUUCUGACUCUCUCUACCACUACUAUCACCUCAAAUAAAUAAAAAAUUGCUUGAUUUGAA